AUGGAAUAUAUCUUAAAGACUUUGUGCCUUUUUUCUUUACUCUAUUCCUUUUUAAAACUUUUCAAGUUGUUUCUUAAACGUAGAAACCAAUCAUGUUACAUGUUAGCCUAUGAGUGUUUCAAACCAAAAGAAGAAACAAAACUCAACACAAACACAUGUGCAAAAAUAGUCCUAAGAAACAAAAACCUUGGUGUAGAGGAAUACAGAUUUCUCUUAAAAACCAUGGUUAGUUCAGGAAUCGGCGAAAACACAUACUGUCCAAAAAACGUUCUUGAAGGAAGAGAAGCAUGUCCAAAUCUCAAAGACACAUAUGAAGAAAUAGAUGAAAUCAUGUUCGAUACACUCGACAACCUUUUCAAAAAAACAUGUUUCUCUCCUUCAGAAAUAGAUAUUCUUGUUGUUAAUGUUUCAUUGUUUUCACCAGUACCUUCACUCACAGCAAGAAUCAUAAACCGAUACAAAAUGAGAGAAGAUGUGAAAGUCUUCAAUCUUGCAGGAAUGGGGUGUAGUGCAAGUGUUGUGGCUAUUGAUCUUGUGCAACAGCUUUUCAAAACACAUGAAAACUCCUUAGGAAUUGUUGUUAGCACAGAAGAUCUUGGCUCUCAUUGGUACUGUGGAAAGGACAAAAAAAUGAUGUUAUCUAACUGUCUUUUUCGUUCAGGUGGUUGUUCGAUGCUAUUCACAAACAAAAUGGAGCUGAAAAGCAAAGCUAUCUUGAAACUGAAACACAUGGAGAGAACACAUUAUGGUGCUGAUGAUGAAGCUUACAGUUGUUGCAUACAAGUGGAAGAUGAAGAAGGUUUUGCAGGUUUUCUACUAACCAAAAGUCUUGUUAAAUGUGCUGCACAAGCUUUGACAGUAAAUUUGCAAAGCAUGGUUCCAAAGAUUCUCCCACUUUGGGAAUUGGUACGGUUUUUUACAGUUUCUCUACGCAACAGUAUGAAGAAAAUUCAGUUGGAAAAUAUUUUUUCAGUAUUUUUUAGCCACCGCGGCGCUAAAACGGUUAAAAAACCGAUAUUUAAUGUGUUAGGAGGUGGAAUAAACUUAAAAACUGGUAUAGAGCAUUUUUGUGUUCAUCCUGGUGGUAGAGCAGUGGUUGAUGGAGUUGGUAAGGGCUUAAGAUUAAAUGAAUAUGAUCUUGAACCGGCUAGAAUGGCACUUCAUCGUUGGGGUAAUACUUCUGCUGGUGGAUUAUGGUAUGUUUUAGGGUAUAUGGAAGCAAAAAAGAGACUCAAAAAAGGUGAUAGAAUUUUGAUGAUUAGUCUUGGAGCUGGUUUUAAGUGUAACAAUUGUGUUUGGGAAGUGAUGAGAGAUUUAUCUGAUACCAAUGUUUGGACAGAUUCUAUUGAAAGUUAUCCUCCACCAUCACUGAUUAAUCCAUUUAAGGAGAAGUAUGAUUGGAUUCAUGAUGAUUAUCUUAGCUUUGUAAGGUUGGAUACUAGCUUGAUGAAGAUCGAUUAA